UAUUAUUAUUAUUUUUUGUUGGUGAUAUAUUUAGGGGGAUGAUGGAUAUACAGUGCAUUGGAGGGAAUUGGUGAGCGGUUAAUUUAAGUCUUUCAAGUGGUGGUAGCUUGACGAAGAAGGGUGCGCAGGUUAAGCGAAUCUGCUCUGUUCAUAGUGGGCGUAGGUUAAGCUCAGUGGAGACGGAGAGAGGAGAAACCUUUAUGCUUCUAGAGAGAGAGAGGGUUGUGCCGUAGAUGAUCGAUGUCGAAAAUGAAGCAUAUACUCAGAAAACUUCACAUCGGUGGCGGAAUCAAUGAGCACCAAAGAUUCGGGGAGGCCCGACCCACAACAAACCCGAGUCCCAGUCCGAGUCCAAGCACGCCCGCUUCGUCUUCUUCGACAUCUGGCUCCGCCACAAUGGGGAGAAUCGGGGCCGUCGAGCCGGCGGAUGAUCGGACGGCUGUGGAUGGGUGUGUGGAUUUCAAUCUCUUGGAGGAGGAGUUUCAGAUGCAGAUGGCCCUAGCAAUAAGCGCGUCGGAUCCGGACGCGCGCGAGGACCCCGAGACGGCUCAGAUCAACGCAGCCAAGCGGAUUAGCCUUGGGUGCGCCGCUCCAGUCCCUGACAGCCAAGCCGUUGUCAAGUUUCUGUCGCUUCGGUAUUGGAGUUAUAAUGUUGUAAAUUAUCAUGAAAAAGUGAUGGACGGAUUUUAUGAUGUAUAUGGCAUUACCUCAAAGUUGGACACACAAGGGAAGAUGCCUUUGUUGGUGGAUCUUCAAGCAAUAUCCAUUUCGGAUAAUGUUGACUAUGAAGUUAUUUUGGUAAAUCGCUUGGCUGAUCUUGAACUUCAAAAGCUUGAGAAGAGAGCAUGUACCAUAUCCAUGGAAUGUCCGGUUUCUGAACAUGGUCCUAUUUUAAGUGGCUUGAUUCAGAAAAUUGCUGAUCUUGUUGUUGAUAGAAUGGGUGGUGUGGUGCGUGAUGCUGAUGAAAUGUUGAGAAGGUGGAGCGAGAGGAGUUAUGAGUUACGGAAUUCUCUGAACACUAUUAUUCUUCCCCUUGGAUGUCUUGAUAUCGGACUUUCACGCCACAGGGCCUUGCUAUUUAAGGUACUAGCUGAUAGGAUUAAUCUUCCAUGUAUGCUGGUCAAAGGAAGCUACUACACUGGCACUGAUGAUGGAGCUGUGAACUUUAUCAAAAUGGAUAAUGGAAGUGAAUAUAUUAUUGAUCUCAUGGGUGCUCCUGGCAUCCUAAUUCCUGCUGAAGUACCCAACAGUCAGUUACCAAAUUUUGGAUUUGAUAUGAGGAGUUUUGUGGAUGUCUUAGGAACAACCAGAGAUAUGUCUUUGGCAGUUGACGAAGGAACCAGAACGCUGGCAGUACCACCUGAUCUUGGUAGAGUUCUUGAAUUUGGUAGUUCAAAGUCGGAUGAAGCUUCAGCUUUAGGCAUCCAAACAGAAGAAAAUCAAACCGAGAGAUUCGAAUAUCAGUGGGACAAACUUCUUCCAUCACUGCAUAAAUCAUGUGAAAGCUCAUCUGGCACACAUGGAAAAGCAUCAUCUGCACAGAAAAAGAAAGUUAAAGAUGUUUCGAAGUAUGUAAUCAGUGCAGCAAAGAACCCAGAAUUUGCUCAGAAACUACAUGCUGUUUUGUUAGAAAGUGGUGCAUCUCCUCCUCCAGAUUUGUUUUCCGACAUAAAUCCACAUGAUCUUGGUGAGCAGAAAGUGCUUGAACCAAAUGAUAUAGUAAAUAGUAAAAGUAUAGAAAAUGAGGUUCAAUGUGGUCCUGAUAAGUUUUUGUCAAACCAUGAGCAGUCUCUUGUACCCUAUACUAGAGUAGAGCUUUUGAACAAUGUUAAUUAUGAUAAGACACAAAAACUGUCUGCAGAGUGGUUAGCCAAACAACAUAAAGAAUUGGAGACAAGCACCAUUACAUCUGAUAUUUCUUUGCCCUCUGAACCUACAGCUCAGGGAUUUGUGCUUAUUGGUAGUGGGACUAAUGAACCAUUCCAGACUGAUGCUAUGGGUGUAAAUAUGGUUACUAUUAAUCACCCUCAAAUGGUUGCAAGACCUUUGCAUGAGGAACAAUUCCAUGAAUCUUUUUUGGACACUGCAGCUGACUCUUACCAAAGACAACGUAAUAUUGCCUCAGUCAGUGAUGAUAAAGAGUGCUUUCAGGAUAACAUUGGAAGAGUUUUUAGUGACCUUGAAUAUGGCAAAGAAUCUUCUGUAAAAUUACUGGAAGCGACCAACAAUGGCCUUGGUGUUGUUUCUGAUGCUAAUAGUGAGGGUAGUAACCCAGUGCCGAGGGAGGUUGCAGAAUGGGAAAUUCGAUGGGAGGAUCUACAGAUUGGUGAACGAAUUGGUAUUGGUUCAUAUGGUGAGGUUUAUCGUGCAGAUUGGAAUGGCACUGAAGUUGCUGUCAAGAAGUUUCUAGACCAGGAUUUAUCUGGUGAUGCGUUGGCUCAGGUUAAAUGUGAAGUUGAAAUCAUGCUAAGGCUGAGACAUCCUAAUGUUGUCCUUUUCAUGGGAGCAGUUACUCGCCCCCCAAAUUUUUCUAUACUCACAGAGUUUCUUCCCAGGGGGAGUUUGUAUAGAAUACUGCAUCGUCCCAAUCCUCCAAUUGAUGAAAAGAGGCGAAUGCGGAUGGCACUUGAUGUGGCCAAGGGAAUGAACUACUUGCACACAAGCCAUCCUACCAUUGUGCAUCGAGAUCUGAAGUCUCCAAAUCUCCUUGUUGAUAAAAACUGGGUUGUUAAGGUCUGUGAUUUCGGUUUGUCACGCAUGAAGCACCACACUUUUCUGUCUUCUAAGUCUACUGCUGGAACGCCUGAAUGGAUGGCUCCAGAAGUUCUAAGGAAUGAACGAGCCAAUGAGAAGUGUGAUGUGUAUAGCUUUGGUGUGAUAUUAUGGGAGAUAACUACUUUAGGUAUCCCAUGGAAAGGUUUGAACCCAAUGCAGGUUGUUGGAGCUGUUGGGUUCCAGAAUAAGCGUCUUGAAAUUCCAGAUGAGGUUGAUCCAGCAGUUGCACAGAUAAUACAGGAUUGCUGGCAAACGGACCCGCAAUUACGGCCCUCUUUCUCACAGCUUAUGUCCCGUCUUCGUCAUCUUCAACGUCUAGUUGUUUCUACAAAUUAAUUGACAGAGUGACCAGAUCGGCACCAGGCACCAUUGUAAUAACCGUUCAUCGGCUCAAAGAGCCAGAACAGGAGUUUUUCUAUGGCAAAGAAACUUGCUGGAUUGGGAAGUGUUGGUUCAUUCAAAGUGGGAGCUCAGCACAACCCUUUAAGAACAAUUUGGCGGUCCUCCUAACUGGAUAGCUGCAAAAGUGCAGUGGAGGAUACCCUUGAAUUUAGGAGUGUAAGUAGUAUCAUUCUACAUGUAAGAAAGUCCCGGGAGAAAAGAAUGGGGGGUGGGGGGGGGGAAAAGAAAGGAAAAAAGAAAAAGGAAAAUAAUAUGUUCAGUUUAUGUAUUCGUGGAGAUCAUGUUUGGUGAAUUGUAUACAUUUGA